AUGUACGGCCGUUCUUCCGCAGGAACUCUGGAUCGCUAUGACGACCCGCCUGCACCGCCCCGCAGUGGUGCUGGUGGAGGCGAGCGCUGGGACCGCGCGAGGUUUGAGAGCAUGAGGCGUGGUCCUCCAGGAGGUGGUGACAGCGGAAGCAGCCGCGGUGGUCGUGAUGGAGGCGGCCGAGACGACUACGACCAUUUCCGCUUCCAGGAGCACGACAAAGCCCCUGGGUACCACCGCGAUGUUGACAUCCAUGAAGACCGCGCCCGUCGUGGACCGCGCGUCAUGGAGAGGGAGCGAUACCACGAUGACGAUCUCUUCAGCCGGCCUUCGCGACGCCAGAACGACCUCUUCCACGAGCCAACGCCGUCUGAGAUAGCCAACCAGGCGCUUGCCCCUUACCGUCGCAAGUCGGUCAUCGACAGAGACUUCAACAUCGAUAUCGACAUUGACAGGAGAGAAUCUCGGCCACCGCCACCCAGGGCUCGACCGGCCCGACCGCAGUACAUUCGUCGGCAGUCGUCUCUCGACACUUUUGACCGCCGACCGCUUCCACGAUAUGGCGACGUCGAGAAGUUUGAGCGUGAAGAGGUCCACGAGUAUCGACUACCUCCCAACGUCCCUAUUCCGCUUCCUAUCCGCGAGCAUUCACGCCGCAGGUCGCCUCCGCGCCGAUACCAGGAGGACGAUUAUGAAGAGAUCCGAUACGAUGACCGCGGCGGGCGUGGACGCGAGCGUGAAGACUACCGCGAGGUCGAAGUUCACAGAGAGAAGAGCAAGAUGCGCAGGAGCAAGAGCGUAGCCAAGUCUACUCGCAGCUCUUCGAUUUCCAGCUUCGAGGAGAUUCAGCCCUCAAGAGCCACCUUUGGCAAGAAGGGCAAGACCCGCAUGCCGAAGCGAUUGGUAAAGAAACAAGCCGUUAUUGAGCUCGGUUAUCCAUUCGAAGAAGAGGUGAGCAUCCUCGAGAUCGAGAACUACAAAGAAGGUGCGAAUUCUGCUGCUCCCACUGUAGCACUCUCUAACACCCCACCAGCAGAGAAAACCACCUACGUGUACGAGGAGAAGGUCGAGGCUCUUCCUCCGCCACCACCCCCAGAGUCUGUUGCUCCACCUCCACCCCCUUCUGUUGUCCACGCUCCUCCUCCGCCCCCAGCAUCAGUCUACGCACCGCCGCCACCAGCAUCAGUCUACGCCCCGUCUGCACCACCAGCCUCCGUCUACGCCCCAUCUGAGCACCACCACCACGACACCCAGCACGAGGAAUACGUGCAGAUCGAGCGCUCCAACCACAUCCACGGCCCGGCCACAUCAUUCCUCCCCGAAGGCCGCAUGCUGGUGCGCCGCGACGACCAGUACCGCAGCGAGCGCGACAUCAAGGAGGAGAUCCGCCAGCUCGAGGACGAGCGCCGCAUGCUCAAGUACGAGCGCGAAACCGACUAUGAGAUUAUCGAGCGCAGGGAUCCGAAGCGCGAGGUCAUUCGUGUGGAUAAGGAUAGGAAGGGUAGGUUGGCCCUUGUUCGCUCGGCCCGUUGA